AUGGUGGCAAGGAAUAAUAAUGAAGUUCGGACUGUAUAUUCUGGACAUAGUAGAAUUGAGAGUAGGUUGGAGGAAAUGUUGAACAGAAUUGAGUCGGCAACCAAGCAGAUGACUUUGAAUCAACAACCGCAGCAACAAUUGGCAGAAUCUGUGCAAGCAAUGAAAAUUUGUGGAUUUUGUGCUAGUAAUUGGCAUUCAACAGAUGUUUGUCCCGGUUUGCAAUCAGAUGAAUGUAAUUUGACAGCUGAGCAGGUUGUUUCAGCAGCUAGUGUUUUCCCUAAUCGACCACAGUAUCAGCAAAGUAAGUAUGACCCCAUGUCAUCUACGUAUAAUCCUGGUUGGAGGGACCAUCCAAAUUUGACUUAUGGAAAUGCUUCAGCAGCACAGCAAUUUUUACCACAGCAGAUUCAAAGCAGAAAUUUUCUAGUGCAAGAUAUGAAGGAGAUUAUGCAGCAAAUGUUGCUUCAUCAACAACAACUUUCAUUGCAAUGUUCUCAAUCAAUUCAACAGCAGCAAAGGACUGAUGCUACCAUACAGAAUAUUGAAAGACAAUUAGGUCAAAUGGUGUCUAACCAAGGACAAGCGCAUUCACAAACUUCAAGUCAAUUACCUUCGCAAACUAUACCAAAUCCAAGAGGAAAUGUGAGUGCUAUCACUCUACGGAAUGUGACAGAACAGAAGCAAGCAAAGAUUCAUCUGCCAUUUCCUCAGAGAAUAGUGAAACCUGGUAGAGAUAAGGUUGUUGAAAAGUCUAAGGAAUUUCAGGAACUAAUGGAAAUUUUCAAUAGAGUGGAAGUGAAUAUUCCUCCGUUAAAGGAUCCAGGAGUUUUCACCAUUCCAUGUAUGAUAGGGGAGAGUAGUUUUGAAGAUGCUAUGCUAGAUCUUGGAGCUUCCAUUAAUGUUAUGCUGAAAUCAGUGUUCCAAGCUCUUGGAAUUGGACCUCUUCAGUCAACAGGGGUCGUGAUUCAAUUGGCAAACAGAAGUUUUGCUCAUCCAGUAGGAGUGAUUGAAGAUGUGUUGGUAAAGGUUAAGGAACUAAUUUUCCCUGCAGAUUUUUAUGUUUUGGAUAUGGAGGGUGAUACAAAGUCGAGCCAUGUACCCAUAAUUCAUGGAAGGCCAUUUCUGAAAACAGCGAAGACUAAGAUUGAUGUUCAUGCUGGGAAUUUAUCAAUGGAGUUUGGGGAUACUAUUGUCCGGUAUAACAUUCUGGAGGCUAUGAGAUAUCCAGUAGAGGAUCAUUCUUUGUUGAAUGUUGAAUUAUUUGAUGAGCUGGAGGACAAUUUGGAUAGUUAUUGUUUGGAAUUCGCUACACUUUCUGAUGAAGAGUUGGAUGUAACUGAAGAUGUCCAUUUCGAGCAGGAAGAUUCUGUUCCAGUAAUCAAAGAGUAUGAAGGAGUUUGCAUGAUGGAGUCGGAACAUGAAAAAGAUCUUCCAUCUACUGUGCAUCCACCGAAACCGGAGUUAAAGGUUCUUCCCAACCAUUUAAAGUAUGCUUACUUGAGGAAAGACGAGCAGCUACCAGUAAUCAUCUCUAAGGAUCUUGAGCUCAGACAAGAAGAGAGAUUGUUAGAUGUUUUAAGGCAUUAUCAAAAAGCAAUUGGUUGGACUUUGGCAGAUUUGACUGGAAUUAGUUCUGCUAUUUGCACACAUAGGAUUUUAUUGGAGGAAGAUGUUAAACCUGUACAUCAACCACAAAGAAGACUAAACCCACUUAUUCUUGAUGUAGUUAAGAAAGAGGUUGUGAAGUUACUACAAGCUGGAAUUAUCUAUCCUAUUUCAGACAGUAAAUGGCUAAGUCCAGUACAUGGCAUAGUAUUGGGUCAUAUUGUUUCUGAAAAGGGUAUUGAAGUGGAUCCAGCUAAGAUUAAUGCUAUAAUUGCUUUAUCUUUUCCCACAUGUGUGCGGGAAGUUCGAUCUUUCCUGGGACAUGCAGGUUUUUAUAGAAGAUUCAUUAGAGACUUUAGUGCUAUUGCUUUACCUUUAUCGCGACUGCUGCAAAAAGUUGUGGAGUUUGUUUUUGAUGAAAAAUGCAAGGAAGCUUUUAAUAAACUCAGGGAAGCUCUUAUUUCAUCUCCUAUUGUGUGUUCUCCUGAUUGGUUAUUACCUUUUGAACUUAUGUGUGAUGCUUCUAAUUUUGCGGUUGGAGUGGUUUUGUCUCAAGGGGUUGAGGGGGCACCACAUGUUAUUAGUUAUGCAUCAAAAACAAUGGAUUCUGCUCAGAGCAACUACACAACGACUGAAAAAGAGCUUCUAGCAAUUAUUUUUGCUUUGGAUAAGUUUCGGUCCUAUCUUCUUUGUUCUCACGUUAUUGUUUUUUCGGAUCAUGCAGCUCUUAAGUUCCUUCUUAAGAAGGCAGAUGCAAAGCCUCGGUUGAUUAGAUGGAUGCUCUUACUUCAAGGAUUUGAUAUUGAGAUCCGAGAUAGAAGUGGGAAGGAAAACUUGGUGGCUGAUCACUUGAGUAGAAUUGAAAAUGAAGGAGAUAUUACACCGAUUGUUGAUUCAUUCCCCGAUGAGCAAUUUUUUCAUUUGCAAGGUAGAUUGCCAUGGUAUGCUGAUCUUGUUAAUUACUUGGUUGCUAAUGUUUUUCCUUCACAUUUUUCAAAAGCUCAACGUGAUAAACUUAAGAGUAAUGCAAAGUAUUAUGUGUGGGACGAUCCUCACCUUUGGAAAUUUGGUAGUGAUCAAGUAAUUAGGAGAUAUUUAUCUGAUGACAAAUUUCAUUCUAUACUUUAUUUUUGUCAUUCCCUUGCAUGUGGGGGGCAUUUUGGUCCUCAACAUACGGCUAGGAAAGUUUUGGAUUCAGGACUGUAUUGGCCUACUUUAUUUAGGGAUGCUUUUGAAUUUCAUAGAACUUGUGAGCAAUGUAAAAAGAUGGGGAGCCUAGGGCAAAAGCAUGAGAUGGUCCAACAACCAAUGUUAUUUUGUGAGAUUUUUGAUGUAUGGGGAAUUGAUUUUAUGGGACAUUUUCCCAUUUCAUUUGGUUUUGUUUAUAUCUUAUUAGCUGUUGAUUAUGUAUCAAAGUUUGGAUUGCCUAGGGCUAUUGUUAGUGACCAAGGAUCUCAUUUUUGUAACAGGCAUAUGAAGGCACUCAUGAGUAGGUAUGGUGUGAUUCAUAGGGUAUCUACUCCUUAUCAUCCGCAAAUGAAUGGUCAAGCUGAAGUCUCUAAUAGGGAGAUUAAGCAAUUUCUUAGAAAAACAGUUAAUCCGGAUAGGAAGGAUUGGAGCAAGAGACUUGACGACGCACUGUGGGCUUACCGGACUGCAUAUCAACUCCUAUAG